CUGAAAUUACAACGAUAAAAUAAGGCGCCCAGUUAGGAAAAGCAGAGAAAAGAGUGAAGUAAAAAAAAACCGAAAACCUGUGGAUCAAUUUUCAGAGAAAUUGUUCUCAACAGUUGGUUGUUAUUCAAAUAAUAGCCGAAAGUAUUUGUGUAAUUGGAACAAAGAACAACAGAAGUGCAUUGAUGAAGACAGAAUUUGUGAUCUGCAAAUUGACUGCCCCGAUGGAGAAGACGAAGAUCGACAGCUGCAUAAUUGCUGCCACUUUCUUUACCUGCACAGUGAAACUCAAGCCAAAGAUGACGGGUAUAUUGGUGAUAGAGUAACAGUGUUUGAGUCAGAAUUUUUUAAUGCUUUUGCAACCAAGAAAUAUGCAGAAGAUAAUAGGCUUUGUACGAUUCGAUUUUUCUAUUGUUAUGUAUCAACUGGAAUUAGCACAAAUCUUGAUCUCAUGGUACACCCAAAAGAUGACUGGAAAAUUUAUCGAAUUUGGGCUGUACCAACUCAUUUCCCUUCAUCAUCAUCAAAAACAAAUUGUGAAUGGACCCGAGUGUCUGUUGAAAUUCCUCCCCAAGAAAAACCAUACAAGAUUCAAUUUGUUGCCGAUGACCUACAUGAGACAACACUGAAACUGGCAAUUGAUGACAUUUCAAUGUCAAGAAACUGUUUUAGACAUGUUUUGCCAAAAGAGGAGAAAGUACCGAAGAAAAUCAAGAAAAAUUUGACAGAAACAGUUCAUGAAGUACUGUCCAAUAAAACCAACGCUAAAAGAACCUAUCUAGCAGCUGGAAUGACUAUUUACCAACAGAAUCAAGUUGCUGGUGUACUUGUGAUUAGUUUGCACUUAUAUCGUUACCUCAAAAGAAGAACAAAACAAGUCGAACUGGAAAAAAACGAAAUGGGUCUUGAAACAAUAAAGUCAGUUCAGCCGGUCAACAUUUCGCGAAAUCCGAUUUAUGAGUCACUUGGCUUAACUUCAGACCUGCGCAGUAUACCUCGUGAAAAUAUUACUUUUAAAGAUGCAUUGGGCCAAGGAGCUUUCGGUGAAGUUUUUGAAGGCUGUUUGGUUAUUAAUGACCGAAAAAUUGCUGUAGCAAUUAAAAGUCUUCCAACAACAAACUCGAAAGAUGCAGUUGACGAUUUUGAGAUGGAGGCCUUAAUUAUGAGGUAG